AUGACGCGAUGCCACGCGUCCCCACCGCGUCACGCCGCGCGUCGCCCGGCUGACCACGACGUCGGUCACUUUCAGCGCGAGCCGCUGCGACUCGACCCGGACGCGCCGCUGUGGGUGUUCGGGUACGGCAGCAUCGUGUGGAAGACGGGGUUCGAGUACGAGGAGCGGAGGGUGUGCGUCGCGCGGGGGUGGCGACGACGGUUCUACCAGGGCUCCACGGAUCACAGAGGCACGCCGGAUUUCCCCGGCAGGACGGUCACGCUCGAGGCGUGCGGGGACGACGUCCGAUGUUGGGGCGCCGCGUACAAGAUCUCCCCGAGAGACGCCCCCGCGGUUCUAGAUCUUUUAGAGAUCCGGGAAAAGCAAUACGAUCAGCGGAUCUUAGUUCCCCUCCACGAAGACGCCUCGGACGACGCCCCCGUCAUCGUCGAGAACGCGCUGACGUACGUCGCGACGGCGCACGAGAGCAACCUGAACUGGCUGGGACACGCGCCGGUGGAUGACAUCGCGAAGACCAUCGCGCGCGCCGUCGGACCGUCGGGCGCGUCCUAUUCGUCACACUGGUCCCCAUACGACCGCGUUCGCGUGGUGAACGCCGAUCCUUAA